AGCUGCCCGGGGCAUCGCCCACCGCGGCCUCCGCGCAGCCCCCUGCUCAGGCCGCUGUCAGCAGCCUCCAGGCGCGGUCCCUUCCCGCGGGACCUCCGCCAGCCUUGCCCCAGCCAACGAGGGCACGGGCGAUGGGGCUGCCGGGCGGCUGUGGGCGCGGAACUGUGGCGGCGAGGGGCGUGUUCCCAGCCGGGGCGAGCGGCCGAGCGGCGCCGGGAGCGUCGGGCGCCUUGGAAACGGGCGGAAGCCGGGAAGGAGCGGCAGGAGGAGGAUGCUGAGCCCCGAGCGGCUCUCGCUGCCCGGGCCCGAGUACUUGGCUCAGCGACAUGUCCUCACAUACAUGGAGGAUGCAGUGAGUCAGCUGCUGGAGAACAGAGAAGAUAUUAGUCAGUAUGGCAUUGCCAGGUUCUUCACUGAAUAUUUUAACAGCGUGCGGCAAGGAACACACAUCUUGUUCCGUGAGUUCAGCUUUGUCCAAGCCACCCCUCAUAACAGGGCGUCUUUUCUUCGGACCUUCUGGAGAUGUUUCCGAACUGUGGGGAAAAAUGGAGAUUUGCUGACAGCACAGGAAUACCACUGCCUGCUGCAGUUGCUCUGCCCUGACUUUCCAAUGGAACUCACUCAGAAAGCGGCAAGGAUUGUGCUGAUGGAUGAUGCAAUGGAUUGCCUGAUGUCUUUUUCUGAUUUCCUCUUUGCUUUCCAGAUCCAGUUCUACUACUCAGAGUUCCUGGAAAGUGUGGCUGCCAUUUAUCAAGAUCUGCUGGCUGGUAAGAAUCCAAAUACUGUGAUUGUGCCAACAUCAUCCUCUGGGCAACAUCGGCAGCGCCAGCCCCCAAGUGACUGCAACCCACUCGAAGGAGUAGAGGCAUCUCUCUUCUACCAGUGCCUGGAGUCCUUGUGUGACAGAUCAAAAUACAGCUGCCCACCUUCUGCUCUUGUGAAGGAAAUGCUGAGUAGUGUGCAGAGAAUGACCUUCUAUGGAUUCCUUAUGGCUCUUGCAAAGGAUCAGGGCAUCAAUCGAGCCCUAGGGGCUCUGCCAGAUAAAGGAGACUUGUUUCUGGACCCUGCCAUGGAUCAGGAGAUUGAGAAAUUGGUAGCGCAGGUUUCAGGUCUUUCUGUCUCCGGUCCUUCCAGCUCCAGUGCAGACACAGCAAAUAUGCCUGUUCGUAACUCACCCAGGAUUAACUCACCUUGGAAACCUCUACACCAUCGUCGAAAAAUGGAUGCUGAGAGUGAAGGCUCCAAUGAAGAGACAGACUCCUCUGAAAACUGAAGGUUGUGAAGGGUGGGCACCAUUCCCAUCUUGGGCUUCUCCAGAACACACUGGAGAACAGCACCUCCUCGUGGAGCAUAUGCUCUUAACAGUGGGUUCUGUCUACAUCAGCAGCGUGUGUGCGUGGCUGUGCUAAUCCCCAGUGCUGGGUUCAUCCAUCUUUUCCCAGGAACAACUUGCCUUUUUCUUAGCUCCAACUCCGUGCAGGAGUAGCACCUCUGCAGAAGCCAUUUACAGCUAUAGAGUUAUGCUUCCCUCUGCUGGCAGGCAAGACAAGCCAGCAGCCGCCAGCUCUGCCACCACUUAGAACCAGCCGGGUACGCUCUCACGGGGCGCUCCCUCCCAGUUCCGCAGUUCAGCAGGUGCUGAAGCAGCGGGAGCGCUAGUACGGGCUGCUUGCCAGUGAUUUGUUGUGUAGCUCUGCUCAGAUUUGGCCCAGAUAACAGAGCGGUUAAAUCGCCAGCAGCAGCUCUGCACUUGUGUUCCAUUAUUAUUCCCAGUAAAGCUGCAUCUGCAUAUGAUCAAAGGUAAGGAAAUUCCUGAAGUUCCUAAAAAAGGGAAGCUUAGAUAUUGCCAUGCAACCUGUCUCUGCUUUGUGCUUUCUCCUCCAUGUGUCCAAGACUUGCCAAAGCAAAUACAGCGAAUAAGCUAGAUUGCAGUAAGUACUGCAUGGUGCUGUCUGGCUCCGCUGCUGUACUAAGUGCCCUUCUGUGAGGUCUCCCUGUCCCUCCAACAGCAUAUUAUGGUCAUUUGGAAAACUGAAUUUCAGAGGAUUUGGAAAAGAGGGACAGGGUUGUUAAAUUCUUUGGCCACAGGUUGUAUGGCUUGCAAGCAUAUGGAGCACCUACUGGGGCUAGGUGGGCAGAAGCACUAAGGGAAAAGGAAGCAGUCAUCAAAUGAGAUCAAGCUGGGUUUUUUUGUAAAUACUGGUAUUGUUGGAGCAGCAGCGUAGCCCUUAAAACUACAAAAAUAAGUAAGAUCACUUUGUAUUAAUGGCAACCAACUCAGCAGUUGAAACCUCCACAGACCCAAACGCUUUGUCUAGCCCAGCUCCUGCACCCCAGCUUGCAUAGGCUAGUUAUUUCAGAGGGAACUUCAGUUUCUCACGCUUCUUUGGGAGCCUCCUUGCUCCUCCUGGUCAUAAAGUGCUACAGCACGAGCCACCAGGGCUGGUAACCCAAAGCUUGUAGCAGGGUGCCAGCAGGGUUAUUUAUUUAUUGUAAGUUAAAUUAUUUAUUAUCUGUGCAUUCUCUCCCAGCUUGGUGAGUGACUGUGACAGCCUGGCAAUAAAGCACGCUGUGUCAGGCC